AUGGCAGGAAAAUCAACGAUACUAAACUUCGUAAUAGGCAUCCUGGUAUCAAUGGGUGCCUCGAUUAUGGAUGCAGCAGGUAUAAAUCUGCUUAAAUUGGAUCAUGUCAAGAAUUCCAGUAAGCCAAUAGAAAAACAACGUAACGAUUGUGGCAGACCUUUAUGGCACGCUGGCUUGUAUUUAUAUAUCUUCUCACAAGUUUUUGGAAGUACGGUCGCAUUAAUUGGAACUAAAAUUACAAAACAAGAUCUUUGGGGUACUUUGGUAAUUGUAAUUAGUGUGAUAUGGAUUGUGGGUUUUGGAGGUGCUAACCAGGCAAAUGAGGAUACUUUGGAUUUGGAAAAAUUAAAGGAAUUAAUGUUACGCCUCUUAUUCAUCAUUUAUUUUUCUAUACUCAAUAGAAAAUAUAAAUAUCUUAAUGGAAUUGAACCUUCUCGAUUGCGAAAUUGGGUUGGUAUGACAAUGGCUGGUGUUGGUGGUUUACUUGCUAGUCAGACUUUACUCUUGGCCAAAAGCGGCGUUAAGUUACUUGCCACAUCCAUCUCCGAACAAAAGAGUCAAUUUACUGAUAAAUUAAGUUGGUUUAUUCUCUUAUUCCUAAUGUUUACGGCCGUACUCCAGGUUUAUUGUCUUAAUACUGCAUUGAAAUUACUCGACACAGUAUUGGUGGUCCCUAUGUUUUAUGGUUUCUACACCACAAUGAGUAUUGUAAACACAAUGAUUUAUCUUGAUGAAUUAAGUGAAUAUCCUGCUUGGAUACUUUGCUUAAUUGCCGUUGGAAUUGCUGCUUUAGUAUACGGUGUGUUAUUAUUAAGUGAGGCAAAAAGUACAGAUGAAGACUCGUCGGAUGAAGAUGAAUUUGAUGACAGUAAAAUACGAAAAAGACGUAAAAAGAAGAAACCUGAGCCAGAAGACGUGUUUGCUGAUUGUGAUAAAUGGCUUAAAACUUGGCAAAGUAGAUUCAGUAUAGGUGAAGAUGCUGAUAGACCCGAAUUACAGAUUGAGGAAUCUGAAAUAAAACCAAAUAUUCACCAUAAAAAUGGUAGCGAAGAAGAUAAAAAAAGAAAUAUCAAUGAUUAA